UCUAUUCGCAGGGAGUAAGAUUGAUCGAUUAUUGAUAAUUAUUGAUUUCUCGUCGGAACCCAAACGUCAGUUGUCAGGACCGGUGUCAUUUGAUAGAAUGAUUACAGAAUCGUCGAUUGAUACCAAAGAUUCAUAGAAAUUUUCAACAUGUCAUCGGACAAUGUCACCGGUGCGACAGCUUUGCCAGUUAUAGACAUGAAGGAAGUGAAAGUAGAUCGAAAAGCUGCCGCAAAAAAGAUAGUUGACAUUCUUGAGAACGUAGGAUUCGCUUAUGUAGACAACGUAGAUGGGAUUGACUACAAGGGAUUGUGGGAUUGUUGUCAAUGGUUUUUCAAUAAACCAAUGGAUUUUAAAAAGAAAAUCAUGAGGAAGCAGUGGAAUCCGGAAAACACAAAUCUUUAUCGGGGUUACUUUCCUGUUGUUGAAGGAGAACCUAGUAGAAAGGAAGGUUUUGAAUUUGCGAGAGAUGUUCCACCCGAUGAUUCAUCGGUGUCGCCAACAAAUUGGUUUUACGAGAAAUCCACAUGGCCGGAGGAAGAUGGAUCAUUCCCUUUUAAGACGUUUCUUCAACAGCAGUACGAAGUGAUGCACGAUACAUGUAUGAAGAUACUUCGGCUCUUGGCAAUAGGACUCGGAAUACCUGAGAAUUCUUUUGUGAAUAUGUUUGAAGAUAAGCCGUGUUCUACAUUUCGAAUGUUGCAUUAUCCGCCGUGGAAAGGCGAGCCUCCUAAAAACGCGCUCAUAGAAGAUGGAAAGGUCUUGACCACUCCGGAGCAUAUGGAUUCGGUCUUUAUGACAUUACUAACACCUUUUCAAUUUGGUGGUUUGGAAAUAUUGCAAGCAGAUGGCAAGUGGGCAGAAGUGAUAAACCGUCGUGGAAGUCUCGUGAUGAAUAUUGGUGUAACGUUCUCGCGUAUGCUCGGCGGAAGAUUCAAGGCAACACGUCAUCGCGUUUUAGAUGUUGGAACUGAUAGAUAUUCUGUCCCAUUUUUCCUAGAACCGAAAUAUGAUGCUGAUAUUGGUAUCAAUUACCUUUCUAAGGUUACUGGUAAUGGUCCAGCUCACGUCACAGAAAAAUAUGGUCCCUGGGUCUUACAUAGAAUGAAAUAUGAGGAAAAAUUCUAUGAGUUUAAAGAUGUACCGGACAUAGAUGAGUAACGCUAACAGUUUAAUGAAUUAUAUAGCUAGACGUAUUUUAGAAUCAUACGCUUAUGAAUUUUCAUUUUACCAGUCUCAUUAUAGUCUUCGAUUAACUUUGUUAUCCGUAAUCUGUGCACAUAUUAUCUAUGUUAUAUUUGUAACACAUGUUGACAUUUUAUAUUCGCUUAGCCAU